AUGAAGAACUGGAGGGAAUUGGGGGAGGUGCCGGACUCGGACGACGAGAGCUUCGAUGAUGCGGAUUUCUUCGACAAUGAAAACGACAACGAUGGAGCCCAAUUCAACCAGAUGCCCACGGAAGGCCCCGAAAACAUUAGAGGGGAAGAAGAACAGGUUUCCUUGGUUGGCAAUGGCGACAUCUGGAGCGUCCCAAGCUCGGCACUGGAACAGGAUACGCUGCCUUUACCUCGCCCAGCCAAUCUUGGACAGGCUUCUCAAAUAUUAAGCCAGGCGCCUCGGGCCUUAAACCCGUCUCCAGGGAAAGACUCACAUACAACACCUUCUACACCCACUGAGAAGACUCUCGAUAGAGCUGUGUCUGCAUCUGGUACCAACGCCGUUACCAUCUCGAUGGACGAUGAGAUAUCGACUAACUAUGUCCGAGACGCGUCUCCCAAAUCACCCCUGUCGUCCGCUGCCAGCUUUCUUUCGAGAACUCCUUCUCCGCCGGUGUCACCUUCGCCUGCGUAUUCACACCCUAAUCCUGCCAGUGUCUUGGCCCAAGAGCCAUCACUUGGUGCCGUUGAGGAAUCAAGACGCGCCGUUGUUGCAUUGGAACGGUCACUGCGGCCCCGUAAGCCCAUUCAGCAACAUCCAUACAUUCUCGAGAAUGCGCAGUACGCAACGUUUAUGAAAUCCCACGGCGUGCGGCCGAUUCGGGUCACGGUGGAGUCUAGGCCUGCACAAGACGGCGCUGGGCAGGAGGAUUCCCAAGACCAAGAUUUUCAGGCCGAGGAAAGUCAGGAGACUAGCGUGCGCGGACAUCAUGGGUUGGAAGACUCUGGCUCAAUCUUGUUUGGUGAUGACGAAGAUGAGCUUUCGCUCACUCCUUCCCUUCCCAAGACAUCGCCUCACGGCCCGCCGCUGCGGACCAGUAGUCAAAGGAGUACCACCGACCAGACAGACGCUACGAGCGUAUCAGAUGAAGAGUUUCCACCCCUCGAAAGGCUGAAACCGCUUUCGGAAAGGAAAAAGCUGCGAAUUCUGAAGCGACAACGGUCUCAGCCACCGCCUUCAAUCAAGCAGAAGAGGGCCAGAUUCGUCUUGGAUUCAUCAUCUCAAGCAUCCCCUCAACGGCCUGCCUUCAUAUCGCCCCCUUCACCGAAAAUCUGGGACCUGCUGUCCUCAUCACCCGCGCCGCAACCACAGGAAGAGUUGCCACAGUUACGCAGAGUCACGCCCCAAUCGCCAGUGCAAAAAACCUCACAUAUGCCCGACGGACCUGUCCAAAACUCAAGAUCACCUACAUUUGUGUUGGAAAUCGGAUCUUCUGAUUCCCCGAUUUCCAGAGAUAACGGCGCUCUCAGUAACCUGAGUGAUGGAGAUGUGACCGGCUCUGCAAAUAGCUCCGAGAGUGAGUCGGAGGCCAUUCGACAAAACAGUCGUAGGAUUCGUGGGGUAUUACCGGCUUCUUGGCUCCGAAUUGGUCAACAAGGAGGACCUGCCCCCCGAGGUCCGAAGCGUCGCUCUCCUGACCAUUCUCCGGACCGGACGGCUAGGCGGGGUGUGGCUUUGCCUCGUCAAGGUUCCCCAAAGCCAUCGAGCACGGCGCUCCUGAUGAUGUUUGAUGAGACGGAUGACUCGGAUAGCGAACUACAGCGGCCUGCCUUGAUACGCGACAAAACGCCUGCCAGGUCCGCGCCGAAAGCGCCCGAGGACGAUGAUGGCGGGAUUUCAGCCAUGGAAGAGGAUACCAUUGAUUGGAUGCUACCAGGCAGAAAACGGCCAGGCACGCAUUGGAAAACCGGCAGGGCCAAAAAGCAGAGACGAAGUCAGACGAAGUCUACCUUCAAAGCACAGCCUAAAAUAACACAAGCCCUCCAAAGAUUUCAAGAUGGCACAGCGUCGUCAUUCAAACAUGGAAGGUCGGCUCGCCGCCAGCGUCGCACAGGAGGUGUUGGGUUGGGAUCAAAUUACCGACCAAGGAAGAGAUCAGCUACGCCACCUCCCUUGAGUAUCUUGGACGUUGUAGAACCCAACGCGCCGAGAUUUGUCAAGAUUGCGGCUCGUGCCGUUAAGAAAAAUCCAAAUCUGGGUAAGAUGAGUCCGUCGAAGAAGCUCAUCAGCUUAGCAACUCGACACGACAACAUCGACGCUCUCUCCAUUCUUCGGGAUUGGAAAUCGGGAAAAAUCAAACCCAAGUUUACGGCCCCUCCAUUGGCACCAUCAGACAGAAUCAAGGACAGACCAGCUUUGCGCGAAGUUUCGGCAAAUAUUUCCGCUCCACGCCCACCCGGAGCCAGACCCCAGAAGCUGGUUCGAGGAAGCACAUCUCGAUCAUUCGUCACCGUUGCCGAAUAUGUGGAACGGGGCCAGGUUCCCCAACCGCACCCAAAUCCGCCCGCCGCGACACAGAAGCAGAAAAACAAUCGUGUUCCUAGUUUCCACCCGGCGCAACUCGAGGAAGAGGAAGCCGAGAACCAACGGCGGCGACUCAAUGCACGGAAACGAAAGCUGGACGCGUUUUAUAGAAGACGUCGGGGGGAUCUGAAUCCUUUAGCAGACCAUGAACCGGCUCAAUUGUUAGAUGUCGAUUUUACACUCAAGGAACCUGAAUCUGGGCCUGGGAUUCAAAGCGACGGGAUUUCAGCCGACUGGGAAGAGGCACAACCCCCGGCUGAACCGAGGACGUGGGUCGGGGCUGGGAAAGCCAGGUUGCGCAAGAGGAGGGCACCUCAGCGAGUGAAUUUGGAGGCGCCGCAGUAUCGUCUUGCGAACGACCCGUUGCCGACAGACAUCUCUACCAUCGAGACACCGGAUCCUCAGCCUCAGCCCCGGACCGGGACCGGUGCUGGCGGGGACAAGCUCCAAGGGCUCGGGCCGUAUGGCACACAUUACACCCACCAUUUCGAUAUCUUCCCCUUCGAUAAAGGCGUCUUCUUCCAUGAAAGCACGCUUCUUGGCCGUGGGCUCGUGCGAGAAGCGGCAGAUCCUUCCCUGCCUGAGAAAGUUCGCCAACAACGACCUGCUGUCUCUUUCUCCCUCGAUGGACGGACCCUCAGAUGGGGCUGCUGGGACGCAAACACCUCUUCAGAGCUUGGUAUCCUUGUCGACUGGGUUGUCGAGCACCUUGGCCCCGAUGUACCAGCAAGCGACGGUACAACUCAAGUUGUGGAAGCGGCUGACUUCGUGCUACGCUACGUGCUUCGGUCGUUGAUUGUUUUGAGCGACAUCGAAGAAAGGGCAUUUGUAUCACGGUGGCUGGAGGUCUUGACGGUUUUUCUUAGCCGUUUUAAGUCGAUCGACUCGGGCGCGUUGUCAGAGACCACCAAAAGGACGAGUUUGGAGGUUCUGAUUCGGUUCUGCCUUGCCACGCUGGCGGUAUGCUCUAUGAGUAGGGCGUCAAACAUUGACCCGCAUCAGUUUAUAGGACUAGAAGACCUUCUCAAAGACACAGCUUCGGCUACUAUCCGGCGGCUUCUCGAUUGCGGCACCGAGGCACUCCAAACUCUGUACGGCGACCUACAGCGUCCAACUUUCCGAGAUCGAGGGGUUCGGUCCGACAGAUUUGUCGCAAAUUGUUGGGUUGCCGUCAUGAGAACACUAGAAAAUGCUUCUAUCCCCCGGAGUUCGUUUUGGGAGGUGACUCAGUCCGUUAUGCUGGGCCAAGCCGUCACAUCGUCCUUGGAUGCCAGGUUGUUUGAGAGGCUGUGGCAAGAUCUCUUUGCCCUUCUACCGCUUUCCGAGAUUGAUGACGCUGGACUUCUCGUUUCGGGGUCGAGACACACUGCGCCGGUGGAAGGUUGGGCGCUCCCGCAGCAGCUGCUGAGGUGUGUUUUCCAACUGUAUCAGGCGAACCCUCGCCAGCCUCCCGGUUUCAAUGACUACUGCCGGGCGCUGGUUGGGCGGUGCCAUUUUCUUGUGCAGCAAUGGGGCUGGCGGAAAUGUACCGGCGUGCUUGGGACUAUUUUCGACUUUUUUGGCUCGCAGGGGUUGGCAAACUUGCGGAAUGAAGAGGUGUAUAGGUCUCCUCGAUUUCUCGAGGACCUCCACGGCAGCCCCUCCCUGGCUAUUGAGCCCGAAGACCGGUGCUUCCACAUCUUUAUCAAGCUUCUUGCGUUGACGAUUCAGCGCUUGAAAGAUCUCGGCCGGGCCAACGACAUCAAAAACCUCAUCACUAGGACGCUUCCGAACCACGACCGACAAUAUCUCAAGGAGGAUACAAUUCACCAGCACGACUUGGCAGCCCUCAGAAACCACCAUGACCUCUUGUGUACACUGUACUGGGUCUCGCCGCCCGAACUGCGGCGGGACGUACACGAGAUCGAGAAACUGGUAGCGCCCGGAAGCGCCCACAAAGAAGCUUGUCUGAUUAACGUUAGAGCCUGGAACCAGCUUGCGCGCUUUGUGAUGGCCCGAGACGAGGGCCCGGAUGUGUUUCGGCCGCUUGCCGUGUGGCGGAACAAUGUGUUCAACCAAGUGUUAGACCAAUACCUGUCUGCCGCGUCCGAUAUUGAGCAGCAGUUCCGCGCUCUGUCGGACGGGAUGCCAAUGAUCAGCAAGAUGAUGCGGGACGACAUGGUGGCCAAGAACAAGGCGACGGCGCUGGACGUGCUGCACUUUUCUGCCAGAGCGUCGUUGGAUGUGCUUCACCGUGCUCCGACUCUAGGGGCUGCGCUGUAUGGUCUCAGUCUAGGGCAAUUACAAAAAGUGUUCACCGCCCUCGACUAUCAAUCUCCCGGAUUCGACUGGGGCAUUCUCCGUGUGGCUCUUGACACGAUUGACCAUUUGAUGGGUAGGAUCGACAAGGCUUCGGAAGAGCAAUACUCGAGCGAGUUUGGCGUCAACCCGGAUGCCCCUUUUCUGGAGGAAGCCGUGCUGCUGGUCAAUGAGCAUCUCACCAAAGACUUCUUUUGGAUGUGCCGGACCACUCUUGCAUUUCCGGUGGAGAAAGCUGCGAUGAGGCAGAUACAGCAGUCCGAAUGUGCCGAAAAGGCGGUAACCCUGGCCGCGAGAAUCGCAGCCCGGUUUGUCCAAAGCAGAGUCACGCUAUUACUGCCCUUUUUUUCUUCUGGGAAACAUGCCUUAUUUUCCGACAUCCCGGGGAACUUGUCGACGCCCGACAGAAAGUACCUCCCGCUUUUCAUUGCGGUUCUUGUCAAAUACGAUGUUUUCGACUUCAAGGCCCUCGGGAUCAACAUCCUAGGCAUGUGGAUGCUCUCGGUGGUUAAGCCCCUAAGGUACACGCGAUAUGAGAACUACCUGGCCGAAGUUCUCAAGCGGCAUCAUCUGCCCUUCCUGGAACGUGCAGUGGUUACGGUUGGGAUACCUCCUGACUACAACUCGAACUUGGACUUUUUUGCUGGUGCUAUCCAUCAUAUGCGCAGAACACUCCGGGAAAGCGCGUCAAUGCAGGCGAAACAGCAUCGCGAUGAGUUCAAAAAGACGCUCCAGCUAGUCAUGACCCGGAUUAAAGAUGAUUUGGCCCUCUUACGGUCCGAUGCCCACGAACAUGGGCCAUACAUUGCCUUUGUGAGGCAGGUAGUGUCGCUCAUCAAGUCUCAUGGGGUGAACAUCUGCGCGGUUGACCCCUUCUUCCUACAGCCGAGCGUCGACUACUCGCCUCCGGUUCAGGACCCCCAACUUCAUACCGCUGGGAUCAUCGCGUAUGGUGUCCGACUGAGCGAAAGCGAUGUCAACGCAGCCUCAUCGUUGUUCCAUUACCUUUUCAACAACUUCAAAAUCUCGCUCGGCAACGACAGUUUGGAGCAAGAGCGCAGUAUCCUCAGCAGGGCAAUGCGGAACUCACAUGUCAUGUCCUUCAUGCUGCAGUACAUGAUCCCCGCUGCAAUUCAGGCGUCAGUGCAGAUGCCGGCUUGUUGGGCACUUCUAGAAGUUUACAGCGCGGCACUCGCGGACAGCCUUGAUUCAAACUGUGUGUCAAGAGAGCUGCAAAACGAGGAAGCCAAGCAUACGGCGGAGAUCUUGAUGUCGAUCGUGGCGUGGUUCCGUGCUGUCACCGAAGGCUUGUCAACGACAACGGAGCUCUCGAUGUCGCAGCUGCACGUCAUGGCACUGCUGGCCACGAUAGCUAACACUCUACAGCCGAGCCUCACGGCUUACCUUCUGAAUGAAACGGAUUACGACCGUGAGGACAUAAAUGACGUUGUCAGUAACAUCGGCACCCUCUUCUCCGAACUCCAACUCCAGCUCAAUACCCUCCUUUCUCUCUCGCCUAACGACCUCGCCCCGACGUGCAUAUCCCAAAGCAUAGCUGGCGCAGUUAUCACCGUCCCUUCGCCACUAAGCAACAGCCCCGCUCACGGUAUAAACGGCCUAAACAAGCGAAACCCGCGCUUGCAAACCUUUGCCAGCACCAUUGUCACCGAUGUGCGGCAGAACUGGGUGGUAUUGGCGGACCGUGUGAUGGUCAAAAUGGCGCUGUCGUCAAGGGGGAUGUUGACGCCAGGGAGUAUGCCAAUGUCGAGCCAGGUCGGUUUGAAUGGAGGCGGUGGAGGUGAUCAUGGUGCAGCCUCGCUGAGGGGAGUGAAGUAUGAAGGGUGGGAGAUAAGGGGGCUGUUGGAAAAGCUGAGGACCGCUGUGGGAGAGUGGCGGUUGGGUGGAAUACAGGAACGGGAACAAGAGUUGGGGAAGAGGAAGGGCUUGAGCGGGCGAGCGAGGAGAGAGGUGGUGCAGGAUGAGUUGUUGUUUUAG